AAGUUGAACUGCUCUUAACUCGUCCCCGUCGAGCACCUCCACUUCCUCUUCCUCCUCCCCUCCAAGAGCUUCCUCUUCCUCCUCUUCCUCCUCUUCCUCCUCUUCCUCCUCUUCCUCCUCUUCCUCCUCUUCCUCCUCCUGCUGCUCUGUGAGUGCAAUGACGGUCAGCAACAGCAGGUCAAAUCUAGGGGAUUCCCUUCCCGCCGCCGAUAGUCAGCAUGGUCGGUUUAGUCAGCUCGCUGCCAGUAUUUAUCGAUCUGUCCCACGGGCCCAAUUUUCAGUCAACCAGACGCGACGGGAUCUCGAUGCUGUGGCCGUUCCAGAUCGAGUUCGCUUUGGUGGGUAUCUUAACGGCAACGGCAACAACAGCAACAGCAAGAACGACACCAAGAACAACAACGACAGCAACGGUUCGUUCCGCCCAGGGCGCUGCUCCGGUUGGCAGGUGUACUAUGGUGCUCCCGUUUCUCGGAUUGCGAAUCAUGGAGGGAAGAAAGUCGGCUCUGCGAAGAAAGGGCUGACAUUGGAGGAGAGGCAGGAGGUGAGAGAAGCGUUUGAGCUUUUCGAUGUGGACAAGAGGGGGAGAAUCAACUACAGACAGGUGAAGGUGGCGAUGCGAGCUCUGGGGUUCAAUGUAAGGAAGGAAGAGGUCAGGAGCCUGAUGUCGGAGUACUGCCAGGACGACUGCUCUCCUGACGAUCAGACGGCGACUCUGUCUGAGUUCAUGGACAUGAUGGCCGUGAAGAUAGGUGAGCGGGAUCCCAAUGAGGAAAUAGCAAAGGCAUUCAGACUGUUCGAUGAUGAUAAUACGGGUAAAAUCACAAUGAAGAACUUGCGAAGGAUCGUUCGAGAGAUCGGAGAAGACAUAUCGGAACAAGAGCUCAACUCCAUGAUAGAAGAGUUUGACAAGGACGGGGACGGAGAAAUCAGCGAGGCCGAAUUUUAUGAAAUCAUGCGUUGCUUAGGAAAAAUGGCAGCAGUUCAGGGACAGGCGGUGCCUGGGGGCGAUGCAACCAUCGCGGAUGCAGGAAAGAGGUUACGGCAGUUUGAGCUCCCCAGAGGGAAUGUGAGGUUGAUGAUAGUUGCACAGACAGCUGGUCCACGGGUGACGGGGCUACAGAAACCUCGUCCACUUUCGUGGAGCUCUGGUCGAGGUGGGGGUAGCAAAGUAGCCGGGACCUUGGGCUGGAGGGAGCAGAUGCCAGCGAUGCUGGGACUGAGAAGACGGCGGAAGAUGGUUCUUCCUAGGCGCAUGCAUGGAUAUUAUGGUCGGGGCCGCGGUCCAGACAUGUACGUAGGGCUGACUCGCAGCGAUGACAUGGAAGAGGUCCAUGUAAAACACUUGUUAGAGGAGCUGAAGGAAGGGCCUCAGACAACGGACCCUGCCACCAGUCGUCCAUCUUGGCCGGUCGUGAGCAAAGGAGGAGACUCCUCCCCGCGGCCGCUAUUUUCGGUGUCGUCCUUGGACGAAAACACACUCCCUUCUAUUCUGAAGGGGGAUGCAUUUAAAGAACAGCAAGAUGAAGGGGAGGAUGCCCAAGCUGGCGAGGAACAGAAAUCCAAAGCCCCCCGGUCUAUAGCUGCUACAGCUGCAGUGGAGGGCGUUUGGCUCACCCCCCUGACACAUGAGCGGAUGGCCAGCUGGUGGCCUGUCGAUCAUUCGAAAGUGCCACUUCCUCCAGAUCUCUUCUCAGGUUCAACAGAAGCAUCUCUGACUUGGCAGCGAACAGACGCCGAUCUGUUGAUGCUAGAAACGUGGCUUAAUAACUCGCUAGUAGUGAAGAAGAAGCCUAGGAAAGACCAAUCCUCCCGGCCCCCUACAGGGCUACGAGAAUCCUCGAACACUGUUGCUCCACUUCGUCCGUCCACACAUGGUUCCGUGGGCACUCGGCCCCCCAGCACCAAUCCUAAUGCUGAUGAUCCUGCAGGUGAACAUAGGGACAGCCUCCUUGAGGCUCCAAGGAAAGGAUUGGAGGAGUUCGGUCUUGGAAGGGCAGAGCUUUUGAAGAAGGGGUUGACGCUUCGGCAAAUAGAGAGAAUGUAUCGGCUGCUGUUUGUCUACUCCGUUGGGCAACAUGAUAUGAUUCGAGAACUGGUUGGGGCAUUCCCACAGCGAAGCAAGCUGGUUUCUAAUUUCUGGCGCGCUUAUGCGAGCCUGUGUGAGAGAAGCUUGAAAAUCCAGUUCAAGUCGGAAGUCGCGGAACUCCUGGAAGAGAGAGAGAACGCACUGCUGCAGUUGAAUCAUCUGAGGGAGCGAUUGGCAGAGGCUAUGGAUCGGCUGUCGCUUUACACUUUGCGUGUGACGGCCAUGGAAGAGGAGACGAGGAUAGGAGAGUCCAAGCAGCGAGAGAGUGCAGCAAAGGAAGAGAAGCUGAGGACGGAGCUGGGAGAAGCGAGGGCAGAGUAUGAAGAUCUCAUGGCCAAGUACACCAACGUGGUUCGACAUAGGAGUAUGCUUUUUGCUCAGUUGCAUGAGAAGAACCGCGCUAUUGAGGCGAUGGGCGCAGAGGUGGGCUUGGCAAGGAAGGAGAGAGCAGACACCGCUCGCCUGCAGAGAGAAAGGGAGCAGAAUGCAAAGCGGGUGGAGUUGUUGGAAAGAGAGUUGCAUGUGAAGGCUGAAGAAGCAGAGAACAUGAGGAGUCGAGCUGAGCUCAUUCGAGGCAGAUUGAACCUUGCGUUGAGAGACAUUGCUGUCCGAGACCAGAGGUUAGGGGAGGCCGCAGCUGACUGCAGUCGGUUGGCGGGAGCCAUCAAGUCGGGCAAUGAGAAAAUUCUUGCCCUUGAGAAAGAACUGCGGGCGCAGAAGAUGAGCACGACAAAGGAGGAGGAGCAGAGAGCGCUGACAGAGGACAAGUUGAAGGCUGUCGAGGAGGAAAAAGAGAGCUUGCGAGAGAAGCUGUCUGUGGCCCGAGGAGAGUGCCAGAUGGCCAUGCGCAAGCUGUCGAUAUUGGUAGGCCAAAGGGAACAGCCGCAGCUGCCCUUGAUUUCGGAGGCUCUGAAGGUGUCAGGAGAAGAAAGGGGGGCAGGAGGAGGGGGAGCAGGUGGACGAGGGAGAGAGGGAGGGGUGACUACAGGAGAUCAGCCCAGCCACCCUGUUGCAGCACCCACGGAGGUUCCUGCUCCCGGAGGAGGGAGGUGGGUUUCUGAGGAUGAACUGAAGGAGCUUUCGGCAGCAAAGGAGAGGCUGCGGAGCAAACGCGACGAGGUCAAAUCUCACAUUCGGAUCGUGAAAGCUGAGCUGCAGCAGGUUAGGCAGAUGUUAGAGGAAGCUGGGAAGAAGAGGGAUGAAGAAAGGGAAAGACGAAAAGAGGAUCAGGCAACGUCGCAGCGCCUCGAGAAGGAGCUGAAAGAGGCCAACACCGAGUUGGAUGAGUUGCGUCCUAGGCUGCAGGCUUUGGACGAACAGCUGAGGGAGGUAGAAGAGCAGUUGCAGAAGGAGAUUGAAGAGAAGGGAAUAGCAGAACGGUUGGUUGAUGCCCUAAGUGACGAGGUGGAAAAGAGUAGACAGCAGCUGCAGGACAGUGAACAACAAGUGGCGAUGCUUCGGGCCGAGGUCUCUGCUCUCCACAGGUCACUCGAGGACGAGCGAGCCUUCAAGGCAUGGGCACAUGACAAGGAGGAGAGGCUAGAGGCAAAGGUGAAAUCGCUGGAGUCGGAGAUUGGCGACUGCAAGGCCCGGCUUCAACGACUGGGCAUGGACAACAAGUGUAAGAGGGCGGAGAUGGCCCGGAUGGAAUCGGAAAUGUCGGAACUGGUGCAGGAGAACACGAGAUGGAAGCAGAUCGCCGAUUCAGCAAAGGCGGAGAACAAGGAGCUAGUUGAAGCAAUGGCAAGAAUGGUGGAGGCCGACGAGAAGGUUGGAGCUGCAGACAGAAGAGCACUGACAUCAGAGGACCCUAGGCAUGCCCUUUCUGGGGACUCAGAGGCAGAUGACGCCCGGCAAGGAGGAUCGCAACUCCGCGGGAGUUCCCAACGAGACACCCAGAGGGAGCAGCAGGUCGCCAAAGAGGUGGAAAGACUAAGAGGGGAGGUGGGACAGCUGAAGGAUGAGCUGAGCAAGGGAAUGGCUGUUUCAGAGCAGCUCAGGGCUGAGCUUACCUCCCUGCAGACGCGGAUUGUAGAACUCGAGCAGAAAGAAGAAGCGGCCAGUCGUAAGAUUGCGGAGUCAGAAAUGCGGAUACAGGAGGCUACUCAGCUCAAGCAAGCUGCAGAACAGGCAUUGCAGGAUGUGAAGGCUCAAAUCACGAGUGCCCAGUCUGAGGCGUUUGGGAUGGAGGUGCUUUACAAGAGGGCGAGGAAGGAUCUCAGUAGGAUGAAAGAAGAGAACCAGGCCAUAGUCAAAACUCUGGCCGUCGCAGAUGCAUCUGUCAAGGCAAUGGAGAUGGAGCUGGAAAAGGAGAUUGUCACGAGGAAGUGUUUGGAGGAAGAGGUGAGCAAGGCCAGGAUGAGAGAGGAGAGUGCUCGGCGAGAACUGAGAGACGCACGCCAGGAUUUAGAGGCGUUCAAGAGAUGGAGAACGCAGAGCGAAGUGGAGUUAGAGAAAGAAAGGAGUGCUCAUCAUGUGGAGGUCAUGGAGCUAAGGGAAAUGGUGGAGGGUCUCAAGGCCGAGGUGGUCGUCAAGAAGGAUGCUUUGCGUGCCAAGUGGAGGGAUCGGAUCCAGGAGCUAGAAAGGCACAAGGCGGAGGCCGAAGCUCGUGUCAAACUCCUCGAGUCCGCGAUCGAAAACUCUGUGAUGGAACCCAUAAGGAGUGCCUGACGUGAUACAUUGUGAAGGUUUCUUCUUGUAUUGCUCCCAGCCCGCCAAUCGAAAGCAGGUUGACUGCAAAGUCCUGCCCAAUAAUGAGGCACGAGCACAAGGGUGGUCAUGUCAGCCCUGAUCCGAUACAGACCAAUCAGUCACGAUGAUUCCCGCAUAGCAUGACCCGGACGAUGAGAAAGUGUACAACAAUGUUUGCCGGAUCCCAAGAGCCAUGCAAUCAGAAAGCAGCCAUAGCUCCAAGCCCUCGGUGCAAAGCAAGCAAGAUUUGACACAGAAAGAUCAACGAACGUGGAGCAUGUGUACGGACACACUGUGCGGUCUUGGAGAUUACAUCGCAAUCGCCAUGGGUUUUGCCAGGCAGAGGAGGCACGCAAUCAGAAAGCAACCGUGGCUCCAAGCACACAACAAACUGCAAGGCGCCUG